UUGGGAAGAUGGGCAAUGCUAAAAGUGGAGCCCUGUCCAGAGAUCUCCUGGAGGACCUGAAGAUGAACACCAAGUUCAGCGAGGAGCAGCUCUACGUGUGGUACCAGAAGUUCCUGAACGAGUGUCCGACGGGCCGCAUCAGCCGCGAGCAGUUCGAGAGCAUCUACGCCAGCUUCUUCCCCGACGCCGACCCCAAAGCCUACGCGCAACACGUCUUCAGGAGCUUCGACUCCGACAGCGACGGGACGCUGGACUUUAAAGAGUACAUCGUGGCCCUGCACCUGACGUCCUCGGGGAAGACCGUGGAGAAGCUGGAGUGGGCCUUCGCUCUGUACGACGUGGACCGGAACGGCAGCAUCACCAAAAACGAGAUUCAUGAAAUAGUGAAGUCAAUAUUCAACAUGAUCUCCAAAGAAGACCAAAAAACACUCCCGGACGACGAGAACACCCCGGAAAAACGAACCGAUAAAAUUUGGGACUUUUUUGGGAAAAAAGAAAAUGGUAAGAUAACAGAGGGAGAGUUCAUCCAUGGAGUUAUGGGCAAUAAGAACAUCCUGCGGCUGAUUCAGUUCGACGAGCCCCAGAAGGUCCAAGAAAGGCUCAAAGAGAAGAAGCAAUGAUGUGUUUGAAUCACUGCGACUUGUUUAAAUUCAGUCUGACUCUCUUAAAUAAUUAAAGUGUAAAAAGUGCAUUUGUGCGGUUACACGCUGACUGACAGGAACUCGAAUCAGUGUGUGCCAUGAUGGAAUAUACAUGUGCAAAUGUUGUUUAUUACCCCCACAACGGACAGGAAUGCAUGUAAUGUGAAACACAAGCAUACAAGCAGUCCGUCGGCCAUGUGACCACAGGGGUCAAAAGGUCACAUUCACAGUCAUCUCUGUGCGAACAUGCCAAUUAUGCUAAUAAUCCACAACUUUGCCCAUGUAUGUAACAGUUAUGCACACGUUUCAUUUUAGUAUUCUACUGUAUUUUACAUUGAGUAUUGUAGCGCGCUGUUGCUCUUCUACUAGUGUGCUUUCUUGUAUAAUUGAGUGAAGAUAUUUGCUAAUAACUGUUCACUUUAAUCGUGCUCCCUUUGCAUUAAUUGAUUAAAAUGCAGUGGCUCUUGAUAGGCUAAAUGCAUAUAAUAAAAUACAUCUAUCAUUAUUAUCUGGCACAGUUAGGACAGUGAAAGGCAGCAUGGAAACAUGAACGCAUGCCAAGAUUAGCAUUUCUGUCACUUUUGCACUACGAGUCGCAACAUGAUCUGGAUAAUAUAAAGCAUAUUCUGUCCGAGAGCGUCAAUCACAGUGGGGUAUAACACAAGAGGCCGGUUCUGAGCACUGCCAUAUCAAAUAAACAACAGCAGUAUUACAAAGCUUAGAUUCGAUUGUGGACCUUGCGUCAUAAAAUGUACAAAA